ACUAGAAUGGAAGGCUUUGGAGAAAUCCACCGUGCUGAUUGCGGUAAUCCUACUAGUCGCUGCUGGUGGAGUCUACCUCGGGCAGGGACCAUGGCAGCAGCCCCUACCCCACGGCUCCAGCGGCUGAGGAGUUCUUCCCUGAGCCACGAGAGCUUGUGGGGCUCGCCUGAGACCUGGCCCACCAAGGAAGAGGCCAGAGCCCACGUGCUGGUGCUCAACACCGGGGGCACCAUUGGCAUGGGGGGCACAGAGUGCAGUGGAGGGCUUGCUCCUGAGCCUAAUAAGUUAGUCAAAACAUUGAAAAAAAUGCCCAUGUUACACGAUGAAGAAUACGCAAUAGAAACCAAACUCUAUGAUUCCUGUGAGUUUGCAGACAGCACCUUGGUGCUCCCUCUUUCUAAAAGAAAGAAAAGAAUUAUCUACACAAUUCUGGAGUAUUCUCCAUUGCUCGAUUCUUGUAACAUGACAACUGAAGAUUGGGCUAAAAUAGCCAAAGAUCUUGAGACUUACUACGAACAAUACGACGGUUUUGUGAUUCUUCACGGGACGGACACAAUGGCCUAUACAGCUGCUGCUCUAUCUUUCAUGUGUGAGAAUGUCGGUAAAACCAUUGUUCUGACAGGAUCUCAGGUCCCUAUUUAUGAACUGAGGAAUGAUGGGCGUUCCAACCUUCUGGGGGCGCUGCUAAUCGCUGGACAGUUUGUCAUCCCUGAGGUCUGCCUCUAUUUUCACCAUAAACUGUACAGGGGAAACAGGGUGACCAAAGUGGACGCUGGGAGUUUCGAUGCCUUUUCCUCACCUAACCUGCCUCCCCUUGCAAAUGCUGAAGUGGAUAUCAAAAUUGACUGGGGAAUCAUAUGGCGAGCCAACACUACAAAGAAGUUUGAGGUCCACACCAACAUGAAUAGGAACGUGGGGUUGCUGAGGAUUUUCCCAGGAAUUACAGCUGCCACAGUGAAGGCAUUUCUUCAGCCACCAAUGGAAGGGAUUGUGCUGGAAACAUAUGGAAGUGGAAAUGCUCCGAACAACCGUGCUGAUCUGCUGGAAGAGUUGAGGCUGGCCACGGAGCGGAACGUGGUGAUCCUCAAUUGCACUCAGUGCUUGCGGGGGUCCGUGGCCUCGACCUAUGCAACCGGACAGGAUCUUGCACAUGUUGGAGUAAUUUCAGGAGGCGAUAUGAUGCCUGAAGCAUCCUUGGCAAAACUGUCUUACGUACUGGGCAAAAAGCAGCUUAACUGGAAGGAGAAGAAGAAGAUGCUGGCUGACAAUCUUAGGGGAGAAAUGUCUUCCACACUCACAGGAGCCCAAAGCUCUUUAAGAAACAGCCAUUUUAUUAAAGUGAUCACCAAAUUUAUAAGUCUUAAUUGCAAAGAGGAGCUUGGAGCUUUAAUUCCAUCUUUGGCAUGUGCUGCCGCUAAAACGGGUGAUAUGGAUGCCUUGAAAGCCAUUGAAGAAGUGGGUGGAAAUCUGAGCUGUGAAGAUUAUGAUGGCCGCACUCCACUUCAUGUUGCAUCAAGCGAGGGACACGUUCAGCUAGUUGAGUACUUACUAAAGACAGGGGCAAGUGUCUAUGCAAAAGACAGAUACGGGGCCACUCCCUUGAUGAACGCCAUCGAAUUCAGGCAUAUGAAAGUAAUACAGCUGCUUCGGGAAACCGGAGCUCACCUUUCUAGUGAAGAGCUAAAGAAUGCAGGAACCAAGCUUUGCCUCCUUGCUGCAAAUGGAGAUGUGGAUGGAUUGAUGGCUUGGCAUAUUGCAGGUGUAGAUAUGAAACAAAAUGAUUAUAACAGCAGAACACCUUUGCAAGUGGUUCUUCAAAAUGAACGGGACACAUGUCACUAAUGAAAAUAUGCUUGAACUUAUAGCAUUGGACUGAUCGGGCUUUUAAAUUGGAAAACAGUAGUAGGAUUAACCUUUUACUCUUCCCUUCAUGUUGAAAGGAAGUUUAGUUGGAUAUUUCUGAAGAGCUUGACUUUGGACUGUUCUUGAAAUCGAAAUACAUAAUUUUUUGUCUAGUAAAUUGCACCCUUAUUACAUACCACAGAAAACAGGCCGUGUAGUUCUUCCCUCUAAACUUAACCUCUGCCCUGAUGUUUGUCAACUUUGAAUUUCUCUUCUUUCUCUCCAUAAUCUUAGAGUCUCUCUACAUGACACACUGGGGUGCGUGUUUGUCAAGUGUCAGGAGACACAAUGUUAGCCAGGAAGCGUAGUUUUGAAAGACAGAGCUAGUGGAGAUUGCUCCAGAGGGGACAGAUUCUCUCACAGCCCUCCACCACUUCUGGCUUGCUGGGCUAUCACUAUGAAGAGAGCUAGUGCUAAAUAUUUAUAUAGCAUGAUAAAAUGAGUCGUAAAUAAGAUAAGUACAUUGGUCUCAGCUCUGUAAUUAAGGCCUAGCUGUCAGUGAAAUGGUAUACAUCUGUCUGGCACUUUUACAUUGCAACAAAUAGUUUUCUCUCUCUGAGUUAAAAUCUUAUUCCCUGCACACA